AUGAAGAGAGAAGAGUUGGAGGACCUCACUUGGGAUUGGCUGCAGACAGUCAGCGAUGAAGUCUUGCCAGUGCUAUUGGACUUUUCUUCCAAUGCAUUCGGUGGCAACCUUGCUAUUGGGCUAGGGAAGUGUUCUGAACUACAGGUUUUUCGUGCUGGUCACAAUAACCUUUCAGGGUUACUUCCAGAAGAUAUCUAUAAUGCUACCAAACUUGAAGAAAUUGCAUUACCUAUCAAUUCACUAUGUGGAGCCAUUAGUGAUAAAAUUGUCAACCUCACCAACCUUAAAAUCCUUGACCUCUACCUUAAUCAAUUGAGCGGCAAGCUUCCUCUAAAUUUGGGGAAGCUCUCCAAGUUGAAGUUUGUGACCAUUGAUUUCAACAAUUUAGAAGGUACUUUUCCCGCAUCUUUGAUGAAUUGCACAAACCUUGUAGAACUACGUUUGGGAUUUAACAACUUUGAAGGAGAUAUCUCCAUGCUUAAUUUCUCCAAAUUUAGUCAACUUACAAAACUUGACCUAUGGUCCAAUAACUUUAUUGGUAUGUUUCCAGUAAGUCUUUACUCAUGUAGGUACCUAAAAGCCAUUGCAUUGACUGGAAAUCAUCUAGAGGGACAAAUACAAACUGAGAUUCUUUCAUUGAAAUCCUUGUCCUUCCUCACCCUUGGUUACAACCGAUUCACCAACCUCACAGGCACAAUGAAGAUAUUGAUGAGUUGCAAAAGUCUUCACACACUCUCGCUUAUUGGUUCCUUUUUUGGCGAGGGAAUGCCAUUUGAUGAUGGCAUGGUUGAUUUUGACGGAUUCCAAAAUCUUCGGCUAUUGAAUAUGGCUGGUUCUAACCUCACUGGUGAAAUACCUAUAUGGUUAUCAAAGCUCAAGAAUCUAGGGAUCUUGGCUCUGGCUUUGAAUCAAAUCACCGGGCCAAUUCCAAGUUGGUUGGGGAAUCUUCCUAGACUGUUUUUUAUCAACUUGUCAUAUAACCGAAUUUCAGGUGAAUUUCCAAAGCAACUUUGUAGACUACCAAGGUUUGUGCAUGAACCUAUUGCAUCUCAUGUAGACCAAUAUGAAUUUGAAUUGCCUACCUACAACAACGUAACUGUAAAUCAAACUUUUCUACAAUUUAAAUUGUCUUUUGUUCCGGCAACGAUAGACUUAUCUAACAAUAACAUUGUUGGUGAUAUACCUACUGAGAUCAGACAAUUGCACCUUCUCUACCAGUUGGCUCUUUCCUCCAACAACUUCUCCGGCGUCAUUCCAGACCAAAUAUCUAACCUAAAAAAUUUAGAGGUUUUGGAUCUCUCCAUGAAUCAUUUGUCUGGAAGAAUUCCAUCGUCAUUGGCAAGCCUUAAUUUCUUGAAAAAAUUUAAUGUGUCAUACAAUAAUCUUGGAGGACCAAUUCCAACAAGCACUCAGAUCCAUAUAUUUGGUUGUAUGUGGUUCUUUGGUUGUUAA